AUGGACUUGAAGUUCCAUAAGUAUCCCGAGGAUCCUCCAGAGGAAGGCAUUCAAGCAGAAGGAGAAGGAGAUGCAGGUGACACUCCUAUAACAGAGACUGAGAUGGCUGGAGAUGACUCUCCUACGAUGUCACCUAGACAUGGCACCCGUGGUCCUAAUACCUAUGACCGUGGUGCCCGUGAUACUCGUUCUACCCGAGCGCAUCCCACUCCCGACGUAGAGGAUCCGAUUCCCGAGGUCCCGAUUCAGCCUAUUCCUCCUGUAACACCUAUCCCUUCAGUUGCUCCAGUUCCCUUGCCGAUUUCCCCUUCUCAGCUUGUUGUUCCGGUUACAGAGGCUCCCACCCUGUCAGCCGCACCCAUGCCUUCACCCGAGGCGAGUGCCACUCCUGCUCUCCCGACAGUGCCAGUAGGUGCCGAGCAUUUUCAGUAG